AUGAUUUGGCUUCUGCUGAGCCUCUUGUUGCAGGCUGCCUCCGGCCACCAGCCAUCUCAGGUGCCGAAACUGAGAAGGGCCAAUGGCACCGUCACGUUCAACAGCUGGGUGAUGCUCGACCCGGCAUCGAGCCAAGCCUUCGAGCGCACCCAGAACUUACGCGUCCACGAGUUUCUGCCUAGCUAUGUUAGAAUGUACAAGGCUGGCAAAGCGCAGGAGCUCAUGCCCGACCCUUUCGUCGAUGCACCUUCUUUGGAAGGUUUGCCCUCGAAAGAAGGACAGGUUCACGAUGCCAGAGCUCUGGCAGAGCUGCAGCUCCGAGGCGCUCCUGCUGCAGAGGGGGAUGCCGUUCAGUUGCCCUGUCGGUUCGAGGAGGACCACGACUACAUUGGCGUUGAUGCAUUGACUGUCCCACACAGCAACAAAGAGGAUUGCUGCCGUGCAUGCCGUCAUCUAAACCGGCGGAAAGCUGGAAACUGUGUCGUGGCAGUGCUCAGUGGGCCUUUGGAUGAUCCUCCCCAUCAAUGCUGGAUCAAAACAAAGAUCCUUUCUGCAAAAGUUGUGAAAGGCGUCGUGGCUUGCAACUUGGCGUUCCAGUUUGAGUCGAGAAGGACAUCGCUCUGUGCGUGCGGUCUUUCCUGUGAAAUGGGAAAAGUCAUCGUCACUUCGCGAUGCGUGCAACAGAGAGAAGGCAUUCGGUCACACGAUGUCGGUGCCGUGCGAAGGAAGGGCAUCACACUGUUCUUGGUCGCCAACAAGAUUGACAAAGACCCUCUGGGGGAGCAAACGAAGCGCAACCUCGGGGCAGCCCGAGCAUUCUCUGAGCUGAAAGAGAUUCCAUACUUCGAGGUCUCCGCACUGCAGUUCCUCCGUGUGCACAAAGUUUUCCGAGAGAUGGUCGAGAACAUCAUUUUGCAGCCCCAGCUCUGGAGCAGCGACUCUCUGAAGGAGUUCUACCAGAAACACAAGCAGCAGACGAUACUGCAGGACCAAUGUGUCCUGAGCUAA